AUGAAUGCUGAAGUUUUUAGAUCUUGGUUCGUACAAAUGUUGCAAUCCCUUGAAGAAUCAUGUGUCAUCGUCAUGGACAACGCUCCAUACCACUCAAUGUUGGAARAUAAUUUUCCAAAAAGCAAUGCCCGAAAAGCCGAUAUACAAGAAUGGUUCACCAAAAAAAAUAUUGAUUUUUCUCCACUUGAAACAGUUGCUGAGCUUCGUGAAAGACUUAAAGUCUUAAUACCAACCGAAAAAAAAUACGAGCUGGAUGAAUUGGCCCUUAAAAUGGGACAUGAAGUUGUACGGUUACCACCUUAUCAUUGCCAGUACAAUCCAAUCGAAAUGAUAUGGGCACAAGUUAAGAGACAAGUUGCAUCUAAAAAUACAACGUUCAAGAUGGUUGAUGUUGAAAAAUUAAUGCACGAAGCAAUAGAUUCGGUGAAUAAAGAAAAUUGGGUAAAUUGCGUUCGUCAUGCCGAAAGAAUACAGGACGAAGAUUAUGAAAAGGAAAAACAUAGAGAAGUAAUUUUAGAGCCUAUUAUUCUCACAAUACGACCAGGUGACAGCAGUAGUGAUGACGACKAUGAGGAAGACGACAUAUAA